AACACCACCACUACAACACUUCCCACUACUACAACCACGACAACUACAACUAAAACACCUACCACCACAACUACAACUCCAACAUCUACCGCAACAACCACAAUCACCACCACUACAACUACAACACCUACCACCACAACUACAACUACAACGCCUACCACCACAACCACCUCCACUACAACUACAACGCCUACCACCACAACUACAACUACAACGCCUACCACCACAACCACCACCAUUACAACACUUCCCACUACUACAACCACAACUACAACUAAAACACCUACCACCACAACUACAACUCCAACCUCUACCGCAACAACCACAAUCACCACCACUACAACUACAACACCUACCACCACAACUACAACUACAACGCCUACUACCACAACCACCUCCACUACAACUACAACACCUACCACCACCACUACAACAACACCUACCACCACAACCACCACCACUACAACUACAACGCCUACCACCACAACUACAACUACAACGCCUACCACCACAACCACUACCACUACAACUACGGCAGCUUCGGUUACGGGACCAGUCACGUACAUAUACCAUGACACCAGAAAAAACUGGAAUGCCGCACGCACAACAUGCAUACAGAAUGGAGGCGAUAUGGCGUCACUGGACACACAGGAAAGGUUCGACGCAGUGAAUAUGUUCCUAGAUAACAGGAGCAGUUCAGGAAAGUCCUUUGCAAAUUCGAUAUGGGUAGGUAUCACCCGCAGUAGCAGUGACGGGCAAUUCUACUGGACUAACGGCGCCCUCAUGGACAACAACGACAUAUGGACUAGUGGAUAUCCCCGAGCGGGACAAAGUUGCGGAUAUACGUCCUUUUUCAAAGGGAUGAAAUACAGCUCCUACACAUGUUCUACUUUUCAAUCUCACUUUCUCUGUCAGACACCUGCUUAAGUCAAACGUAUCUUCUUAUUGUGAAUUGAGGGGUUAGUAAUGAACAGAACGUAUAUUUUAUCCUAAAUACCACUCAGAUAGAGAGCUUAAAUGCAUUAGAUGGACAU